GCUGUAAUUUACCAUACUAACUGUUCGUAGUGGUUGGGAGAUAAGUGCGGUUGAUAACUGUGUCACACCUAUAUACACGUAGCUUUCGCUCAGGCAGCGUUUGGUUAAACGGCCAUUUCCAGAGAUGGUUCGAACACAAUUUGGACCAACACGUAUAAAACCCAGAUCCUAUGGAAGUGAUCAUGGACCUAAUGAAGGGCACUAUAACUCCAGCUCCAGAAAUCGAAGAGAUGACCAGGGCUACUCGCCUCGGCCCCCUGUUAACUGGAGAGAGUCUAGAGGUAGAGGACGAGGACAGCCGCCAACUGGCAGAAGAGUUCCUCAAAUGGAUGAGCAGAGGGAGUCACGUUUUAGUCACUGGAAGUCUCAUAGUCAGGAUUCCUUUCAAUCAUACCCUUCCAAAAUGGAACCACACCACAGCUCUCGGAGGCAGUCGCCGUUUCGGCCUAACAGACCCCCCCACAUUAUGCCCCGUUCAUCUUUUCACGGUCCAACACACGGACACCAAAGUCAAAGAAACCCACCUUUCCAUGGCCACCCCUCAGGCCCGAGGUCACCCUCCCCGAGACAAAAUCGAAACCACCCACCAGACAGAAGGUCUGGCCCCGCCCCAACUUACCAGGGAUCAUUCAGAGGCGCCAAAAGACAGGCCGGCUUCCCUCCACAGGAUGAGCGAAGACGAGGCCCUCCUUUAAGAGGAAGACCCUAUGAACACUCGGGUCGUGGCUUGAAGCGCUGGGAAGACUCUGGAUCAUUCCCUCUUCCACACAAUGGAGAGCCACGGCCCUCUGGCUCACAGAGGAGCCCCAGAGAGAUGCAUGGGAGAGGCUCGUGUACAGAGAGGUGGUCAUCUGAACAAGAGUCCCGGCGGCAGCGCGGUCCUGUGGAGAGGCAGGGCAGCCGAUCCCACAGUAGAGAGAGGGGACAGGAUGUCCCUCGCCAACCCCCUUACAGACCCCCCUCAUGGAGAGGAGGCCACUUUCCACCGUCCUCCUUCCAGCGGAGCCCCCAGGACAGGCAAGGGCCGCCACCACGCAAGAGGAGGAUAGAAAACAUCAGCAUGCCUUCCUCAGACCCUGCAGCUGAGCACGGCCCUGCUAAGUACCCCAGAAGGGAGAGGCCUCAGCUACUAAGUACCCCCAGGCCUUUUGGUGGCAAGCCUUUGUCUCUUAGAGAUAGAAGUUUCCUAGUUAAGAGUCAACACAUGAGAGCAGAGUCUCUCAUGAUGCUCAGAAUCCCUUCAACUGUCAAACCCAGGCCUCGCCUGGGCGACGUAGCUGCACAUGGAACCCCCAGCUCUGUGCUCGCCCUCAGAAAGAAGCGUUUCCAAUCCAACGCUGUUUCUCUUGAGAAAGAAGAGCCACGCAGGCCAAAACGACAAGAAUCAUCAUCCAGUGACGAAAGCAAUGCAAGCAAGUCCUCAAGUGACUCUGGCACAGGAAACGAACAGGUGGAGUCCCGCCGCUCCUUAAACCCGCACAGGUCUUCUCCAAUAGAGAAACGGGAUCUUGUAGUUUUGUCUCACUGGCCUCCCGGGCCCAGUUCCUCCUCUAAAGACUGCUCUCCUCCAAAAAUUUCCAGCCCAAAGUCAAAGACAGACCACAGUUCAGAUGAAGACACCACACCCAACAGGCGACGCUCCAAAUCUGCCAAUUCCAGAUCACCCGAAGACAGAAAACGUGGAUAUUUGGAAAAGAGAGUGUUUAGACCAUUUAAUCCAAUGCAGGACAGUAGCAGGCCCACACGGCCUUUCAGGAGGCCACCACCUUUUCAGCAGAGGGGACGGUUUCCUGCAGGUCCAAGGAGGAUGGGCAUGGAAAUGCAAGGACAUAUUAGACGACCACUCAUGGAGACUUUGAUACCACGUCCUUUUCUGAAUCCUAAACCAGUCUUCAGAAAAAGCUACAGUAUCAUGUCCAAAUACCGGAACAUGAGAGUGAUGCGUCAGCGCGCACCACCUUUCCGCGGUCCCAACCAACCCCGUUGGUGACAACCUCAGGUUUGGGGAAGAUUGGCUUCACCACCUGUCCAGAUCACCUGCUGGAUGGACACUACAGUCCGAGCUCACUGUCCAUGCAUCUCUGACCGGCUUGUUUUCUUUCAACUGUUGCUUACAUCUCAACUGUCAAGUACAAUGUGCUUUUUUUUUUUUGUUGUUGUUAAAAUACUGCUGUGCUUCUAGAAUACUUGGAACAUUUUUUACGUCUUGUUUUGUGUUUUAUUUUAGGAUUGUUUGGGUUGCUGCUCUACAAUUGUCCUCAUUGCAAUCAUUGAUUAGAUGUUCACUUUGAUAUGUCAACUUUUAAACAAAGGAUAUGUUGAGUUUGACACUAAAUAAACUCCAACCCAUCAAUUUGGUGAA